CUCUACAUGAUCUGUAGGACGAUGCAGGCAACUGUCAAACAGUAUGUUAGCUCAGGAUACAGGACGCAGGUCGUGCAUUGCAUGUGCAUGUCUAUGCUGAAUGCAGGGCUGCUCGUUGUCGAUUCUGGACAACGAUCGUGACAGCAGAUGCAGGGGAAGCCCUGGAGGGCCUUCAUCAAAGAUGCUAGGACUACUAGAGCGUGUCCACUGUUGCCAGCUCACACCGUGAUUCUGCCUGUGGAGAUUGCAGGAGGUUGGGAUUGGAUUGCUUCACUAUUUAUUCCGGUCAGUCUGCCGUCAAUUACUGCCUCGACAGCAAACUCGCUUGAACACGAUGACCUGAUGGUGAGGCGGAAGUUCACAUCACCGUGUCCGCAGUCGAGGGUUGUCGAGAUGAGAUCACAUCACUCAAGCCACAGCAAGAACUUGAUCGAGUAAAAAUAAGAGCUUUUGAUUCCCUUAUUAUCAUCAAAAGGUCCUCCACCAUCGGUAGCUCGUUAAGGUUCAUAAGAGUAAACACUAGCCCCUGCUCCAUCGAUUGCAAAGAUACUGCUGUGAGCAUCCGACGGCUGC